AUGCCAUCGCUCGAAAAGCCCAAGAAUGAGGCCCGGCUUCUGCUGGUCUCCAAUCGCCUGCCCAUCACGAUCAAGCGUUCCGAAGAUGGCAAAUAUGACUUCUCCAUGUCUUCGGGAGGUCUGGUGAGUGGCUUGAGUGGACUGUCAAAGUCGACCACCUUCCAGUGGUACGGUUGGCCCGGACUUGAGGUGCCCGAGGAAGAAAUCCCGGUGGUCAAGCGGCGCUUGAAGGACGAAUACGGAGCAGUACCUGUGUUCAUCGACGAUGAACUGGCGGACCGACACUACAACGGCUUUUCAAACUCUAUCCUCUGGCCGCUAUUUCACUACCACCCCGGUGAGAUUACGUUCGACGAGUCCGCCUGGGAAGCAUACAAGGAGGCAAAUCGUCUAUUUGCGAAGGAAAUCUCGAAAGAAGUGCAGGAUGGAGACCUGAUCUGGGUACACGACUACCACUUGAUGCUGCUUCCGGAGAUGCUGCGCGAGGAAAUUGGGAACAGCAAAAAGAACAUCAAGAUCGGUUUCUUCCUCCACACCCCGUUCCCUAGCAGUGAGAUCUACCGAAUCCUGCCCGUCCGAAACGAGCUCUUAUUGGGUGUCUUACACUGCGAUCUGAUUGGAUUCCAUACAUACGACUACACGCGACACUUUUUGAGCAGGGGACUUGCAACUACGCCUAAUGGAAUCGAAUUCCAAGGAAAGAUCAUCACCUGCGGAGCGUUCCCCAUCGGCAUUGAUCCCGAGAAGUUCAGAGAGGGUCUGAAGAAAGAGAAGGUUCAAAAGCGCAUCGCCAUGCUGGAGCAAAAAUUCCAGGGCGUAAAGCUCAUGGUGGGCGUGGACCGCCUGGACUACAUCAAGGGCGUGCCUCAAAAGCUUCACGCGCUCGAGGUUUUCCUCAGCGACCACCCUGAGUGGGUAGGCAAAGUGGUCCUGGUGCAGGUUGCAGUUCCCAGCCGACAGGAUGUCGAGGAGUACCAAAAUUUACGCGCGGUAGUCAACGAGUUGGUCGGUCGCAUCAACGGCAAGUUUGGCACUGUUGAGUUCAUGCCCAUUCAUUUCCUUCACAAAUCUGUCAACUUCGAUGAACUCAUCGCGUUGUAUGCGGUAUCUGAUGCCUGUAUCGUAUCCUCCACGCGCGAUGGUAUGAACUUGGUCGCAUACGAGUACAUUGCCACGCAGCACAAGCGACAUGGCUCGUUGGUUCUAUCUGAGUUUGCCGGCGCAGCCCAGAGCUUGAAUGGCAGCAUUAUUGUCAACCCAUGGAAUACAGAGGAGCUGGCCGGUGCCUAUCAAGAGGCGGUCACCAUGAGCGACGAGCAGCGCGCUUUGAACUUCGGGAAGCUUGACAAAUACUCUUUCGUGACCGAAUUGACCCGGAUAUCUGCUCGAUCGGCAGAGAAAUUCCAGUCGAAGAAGCUUGUGGUGGAUGGCGAUAAGGAUGGAGAGGCAAGCACUGAGGCAAGCACGGAGCAGUCCGCAGCCAAUGCGUAG